AUGGGCGAGGAAAACAAAGCGGUGUUUGCAGUUUCAUUAAAGCUGCCAACAUUCUGGACUACAAACCCCGAAGCUUGGUUUGCUCAAGCGGAGGCACAAUUUGCCAUCUGCUGUGUUACAGUGGACGACACGAAAUGUUACCACGUGGUGGCUAGCCUUGACAGUCAAACAGCAACACGUGCUCUAUCUGUCCUUGUUUCACCACCGCAGGAACGCAAGUAUGAGACUAUUAAGACCUUCCUUUUAUCUGCUUUUGGCAAAUCUGAAUCUAAAAGAGCCCACCUCCUUCUUAACAUUCAGGGACUUGGUGACCGCAAACCAUCGGAGCUAAUGGACUCUAAGCUAGCUCUUCUUGGGCCCCAUAGCCCAUGUUUCCUAUUCAGACACCUGUUCUUACAACAACUGCCUGAACAUGUGAGAACACCUCUGGCAGCGUCACACACUGUUGAUUACAGGCUACUGGCACAGGAAGCGGACAGACUUUACCUGUCCGUCAUUCCAAACUCCACCUCAGUGCUAGAGGUAAACAUCGCUUCAACACAGCCAUCACCCUCUGGAUCUAGAGCUAGACCUAGCGGUGGUCAAACCUCACAAGUGUGCUGGUACCACAAUCGUUAUGGAGAACAGGCACGCAAAUGCAUCCAACCAUGCACACAUCCUGCCCCCAAACCUCGUUCCUUUCCAACUGCUAACAAGAACCACGGAAACGCCAGGCAGGGUCAGCAGUAG